GUGCUACAACGAUAAACCGUGGGAUCAACAGCGACGCACAAAAAAAAAAUGUCGUGCUCGAGCGAGCUGUCUCGAUCGCAAGAGUACCUAAGCUUUCGGAGUUCCGUCCCGCUCAGGAAAAUUAUCGUUGACGUCGAUGGCACUAAGGGAUGGAAGGUAUACGACUCCAGUCCAAAAACCAUAAAGUGCCCCUUAAUAUGUCUUCCACCGGUUAGCGGAACGGCGGACAUUUUCUUCAAACAAAUAUUGGGCUUGGCGGCCAAAGGAUACAGAAUCAUAUCGGCCGAAUCACCGGUUUAUUGGAACGUUAAGGAAUGGUGCGACGGAUUUCGAAAACUCUUGGAUUACAUGGAACUAGACAAGGUGCACCUGUUUGGAGCUUCAUUAGGCGGAUUCCUGGCACAGAAGUUUACCGAAGUUAACGCCCACUGUCCCAGAGUAGUGUCGUUGGUGCUCUGCAAUACGUUUACAGACACCUCGGUGUUUAGUUACAAUGAUUCAGCUGCAGUGUUUUGGAUUCUACCGUCGUUGGUGUUGAAGAAAAUGCUGAUGGGAAAUUUCGUGACGCAGAAAGUCGAUGGAGAGAUCGUGGAAGCCAUAGAUUUUAUGGUGGAGAGGCUGGAGAGCUUAACUCAAGCGGAAUUGGCGUCUCGGUUAACGAUAAAUUGCGUAAACUGUUACGUGCAGCCGCAGAAGAUAUGUCAUUUGCCCGUUACUAUCAUAGACGUUUUCGACGAGUACGCCUUGUCGAAUUCAGUGAGAGAAGAGAUGUACAAAUGCUACCCGAACGCCAAGUUGGCGCAUCUGAAAAGUGGGGGGAACUUUCCGUAUUUGAGUCGGUCCGAAGAAGUGAAUUUGCAUUUACAGAUUCACUUGAGACAAUUCGAGGGCACGGAAUAUGCUGCCUCCACGAGAACACAGGUUACACCGCAAAAUACCGACGGCUAACACCGAGUCCAGGUGUUGGAAAGGUAGAAAGACCUAAAGUUGUCGACUGGAGACGACUUGGAUACACGCGUUCCUCUACAUGCCGACCAGUUGUCGAUCAAAUUGAUUUUCGCGUCAUUCUCUACGACGGGUACCUAUUAAAACUCCUGGUUGAUAUAGCAAUCUCGAAACAGUUACGCCAAGAUGUUCAUCGUCAUUCGUAUCAGACAUACCGAAGUUUUAUAUAUAUAUGUAUAGUAAUUAGUCUUACGAAGCGUGCGCUCUUUCUAUUGUUAUAUUUUUUUAAGGGAACAAUAACCGAUUGUAAGGCGCUUCCAAUCUCGCUUGAAUUUGAAUCGCUGAACGUUAACGUCAAUCCACCGAUAACAUUUACGUUGUCAUAAAUACGUAAGAAAGCAAUGUUCACACGUAACAGAAAAUUAAGACCACGAAAUGAAAUUAAUAUCGAUGAUAUAUUUGAUCUUCGAAUCAACGUGUAAAUAUACUUCUUCAAAAUAAAUAUACUUUUGUAAGAAACGU